AUGGUUCUUUUCUAUGGUCUAUUGGCUUUUGAAACAGCCAACAAUACUGUUGCGGCAACAGCAGCAACAAAAACAACAUCUCAACGAGUAAAUAUAUCACGAAAAGAAAAUUCAAUUGAAAAAGUUUCAUCAUCAACAACAAAUUCAUGGAUUUAUACUGAAGAUUUACGAAAACAUUUUGAAGAACGUUAUGUUGAUUAUCGUUUUGUAUUUGUACCUGUUUAUGUUAAUGGUAAAAAAUGUCAUCAUAAUUAUAGUACAACAGAAAUAUUAAGAGAAAAAGGUGAUAAAGAAAAUUCUUGGAUGUAUUCAAAAUCAAUUCGUGAUCGUUUAUUUUAUUCAACAUCAAAAAUAUCAUUACCAUUAACAACAAAUUUAUCUUCAUCAAUUUAUUAUAUAACUAAUCAAGAAUUAAUUAUGCAUAAUAAAUCACAAAUAGAUAAAAAUUCUAAAAAAAUAUUUACUCCUAAUAAUUCAUCAUUAUCAUUAUUUAAUACAAAUAAUAAUUUAACAAAAUAUCGAACAAAUGAUAUUGUACAAGAAGAAGAUGAUGAAGAUACUCAAAAUGAAAAUCAUUCAAUACCACUUAUUAAACAUCUUUCCAUAGAUUCAUCAUGUACAACAAAUGAAUUAUCAAAUGAUAAGAAAAAUUUUGUUAAUACAACGAUUAAUAAUCAAUUAACCAAUAAUAAAUCAAAUAGAAAGCAAACUAAUACACAUAAUAAUCGAUUAGCACGUUUACGUUCUUUUUUUUCCAAAUCAUCUUCACUUCCCAGUACUCAACAUCAACAAACAACAAAUUUGUCAUCUUCAACUUUACACAAUCGAAUACCGAAAACAUAA